AUGGCUACUGCAACGGCUGCCACGUCUGCAACAUCUAGCAACCAGCAGCAGGAACUGCAAGCAUACGACGAUGAGGACGAGUUCCAGGAUGCUUGUGAUGCUGAUACUGCCUCCGCGUCAUGUGCGUUAGAUCUGGAAACAGCACUGGCGGAGGCAAAGAUCGCGGUCGAUCUGUUCUUCAACAAUAAGUUUAAUGAAGCCGAAGCCCUUAUGAAACCUUUGGCAACAUCCAGCAUGUACCAUUCCGUGGGACACAGCGUUUUCACCUAUCUGGAAGCGAUGCUUACGUUCGAGCAGCAACACAUAGCGGCCGCCUCGGAAGCGCUCAAGCAGUGUUUGAACGUGUGCAACCGCUAUCGGAAAAAGAACACACUCACGGAAACAAUAGGCAAAACGUUCAAGAAGGUGAACUACGACCAGUACACGGAUCUGGAGGCGCACGCCGAACUGUGCUCGGCCGAAGCGCUAUUGCUUAAGGCGAUGCUGACCUUCAUAGAGGAUGAAACGCUUACUAGUCUAAUUAAGGGUGGAAUGAAGAUUCGCAAUUGCUUUGCCAUGUACAAGGAGUGCAACAACAUACUCAAUCACCGUCAGUGGGAAUCGGAAAGCUCGAGACUACACUUCGAGAGUGGCGUUCGUAUGGGGCUGGGCACGUUCAAUCUUAUGAUAUCUUUGUUACCGGCUCGGAUCAUAAAGCUGUUGGAAUUCAUCGGGUUUUCUGGCAACAAGCAAUCGGGCAUGCAAGACUUAGUCACCGGGUCACAGAGCGAAGGCAUUCGGCAGGUGCUGUGUGUGAUGACUUUACUAGGAUACAAUCUGAUCGUGUGCUAUGUGCUGAGCCACAAGGAAGGUGACUUGCGCUUCUGUGACGAGCUGCUGGUGAAGCAACUGAAACAGUACCCGGAUGGCGUUUGGUUCCUGUUUUUCAAAGGUCGGCUGGAGUUUAUGAAGGGCAAUCUGGACGAUGCGCUUAAGUGGUACAAAAAGUCGUGGAAAUCACAGAACGUUUGGCCCCAGUUUCAUCAUCUGUGCUUUUGGGAGCUGCUUUGGGUGAAUUGCUUACGGCUAGAUUGGCGAGAGUCGCUUCUAUUUGCGACGUACCUGGUCGAGAACAGCAAGUGGUCGCGUACGAUCUACACAUAUCAGAAGGCAUCCAUCAUGUGCAUGCUCAAGACGGAGGAACUGCACUCGAGCGAGGUCCGGUCGAUCGGUACGCUGAUGAAGGAGGUACCCAAGUACAAGCAACGGAUAGCGGGCAAAUCGUUGCCGAUGGAGAAGUUUGCGUGCAAAAAGACGGAACGCUUCUUUGCCCAGCAAUCCUUCCUGUACGUGCCGGCGCUGGAGCUGAUGUACGUGUGGAAUCUGUUCAAGAUAUUGGGCAAACAUUUCCAUCUCGCCGACGGCGUGUAUCGGAUAGUGGAGGAGAAUCUGCAGCACUACGGCGAACGGAUAAACUCCAAAACGAACCCAGCGUACGGGGUGUAUGCGGCGGAUAAUAAAGCUUUACUGUUGCUGCUAAAAGGUGCCUGUUUGCGGCAAAUGAACAGCCCACUGCAAGCUACCCGGUGCCUUGAGGAUGUGAUUGCCAUGUACAAAGAUAUCAAAGAAGAUCAUUACCUGGUACCUUACGCGAUCGUUGAGCUGGCACUGAUCUACAUCGACCAGGGCAACAAAGACCAAGCCAUACUAGCUCUCGAGGAUGCAAAGAAAAAUUACAGCGGAUAUUCGCUCGAGUCCCGAUUGCAUUUCCGAAUACACACGGCACUGAUAGAGCUGAAGGGUAAAAGCUACGAAAACAUUCCUGCUGGCGGUGAAUGA